AUGCCUGGCAUUCGAGGGAAUCCAUCCUCGUCUGAGACUACUCCACUCCUCGGUUCCGCCAACGAUGAAAUUCUGGAUCAUGGUUCAUUCACCAGUGAGAGUAGGGCCGAUGGCAGAGAUGAAGAGGCUCUGAAAGGGGAUGAGUCCGGUACCGCUAGAGCCGCGCAAUUUGAAGGCAUGCCGGAUGCUACAAAAUGGCUGAAAUAUAUCGUUCCCGCCGUAUCAGUUGGGGUUUUUCUCUCGGCUGCUGAUCAAACUAUUAUUGUCGCAUGCUAUAGCAAGAUUGGAAGCGAUUUGAAAGCCCUCAACCUCACUAAUUGGGUUGCUACCUCCUAUUUCCUGUCCCUAACCUCAUUCCAGCCACUCUAUGGGCGCUUGAGCGAUAUAUUCGGACGCAAGCCGUGCUUGCUAUUUGGCUACACGGUAUUUGGGCUUGGUUGUAUUUUCUGUGGCCUUGCAAGGGAUAUCAAGGAAUUGAUUGCUGCAAGGAUAUUUCAAGGAAUUGGAGGGGGAGGGAUGACUACCGUCGUAAGCAUACUUCUAAGUGAUAUCGCACCUCUCCGAGAUCGUGGCCUCUGGCAAGGCAUCAUUAACAUUGUAUAUGCGACUGGGUCUGGGUUGGGUGCCCCUUUGGGAGGUCUAUUGGCAGAUUCUAUAGGCUGGCGCUGGGCCUUUCUAGCUCAGGGUCCCAUAUGCCUCGUAGCAUUUGUUGCAGUGUUCUUCACCUUACAACUUCCGGCAAUUGAUGAAUCACAUUGGCGAGAGAAGCUGAAACGGAUUGACUUCCUAGGCGCUACUGUACUCGUCUUUGCCGUUUUCAGCUUUUUGCUCGGCCUAGACCGUGGAACGAAUGUGUCGUGGACACUUCCACUAACGAUUUUGCCCCUAGUCGUAUCGAUUUUUCUAUUUGCAAUAUUCAUUUGCAUUGAGAUAUGGGUUGCAUCUGACCCUUUUGCUCCGGGCCACAUUAUUUUUGAUAGGAGUUUACUCGGUUGCUAUUUUGCUAAUUUCUUCAGCUUUGGAUCUUGGCUUUCCGUUAUUUUUUAUCUUCCCCUGUUUUUCCAGGCCCAUGAUGGUGUUUCUGCCACAGUGGCGGGCCUUAGACUAUUACCCUCCAUUCUAGCUGGCGUUACUGGAUCAUUAUCUGCCGGGGCUAUCAUGAAGAAAACUGGAAAAUACUUUUGGAUGACUGUGUGGGCAUACACCUUAUUGGUGGCUGGCUUGAUAGUGGUUUAUCUUUCUUCAGGCCCAGUCAUUGAUGAGACCUAUGCAAUCAUUAUUGGAACCAUGAUGUGUGGCUUUGGAAAUGGGAUAGGAGUCACAACCACUCUGAUCGGUCUAAUUGCAAAUGCAUCCCCUGAUGAUCGCGCCGUGGCUACAGCGUGCUCCUAUUUAUUCCGAUCUCUAGGCUCUGUGAUAGGUGUCUCACUCUCUUCAGGAAUUGUGCAGCAAACCCUUCGGACGGGCCUUCGGUCCGCUCUUCGUGAGAGCAAGGAUAUUGAUCAGAUUGUCAAUGGUGUGCGACAGAGCCUUGAUUAUUUGAAAUUCCUCAGCCCAAAUACCAAACAAAUUGUACGAGAAUGCUACGGACAUGCUACCAACAAUUCCUUCGGUUUCAUGACUGCUGUCGCAUGCUUUGCAGUGCUUGGCUCGGCUUUCAUUCGUGAACAGAAAUUGAGCAGUUAA